AUGCUGAGCCAACGAUUGGUGCGAGCAGCCGGCGCGGCGACCCCGCGUUCCGCGCUGCGAGCAUUCAGCUCGACGAGCCAGCAGCUCAAGGUGCCCUCCAUGGCCGACGUCACCCCCGCACCCCAGAGCGUCGCGUCCUUCAACGAGAAAUCCAAGCAGUUCCGAGAGCAGUUGGCCGAGCAGCAGAAGCAGCGGGAAGCAAGUGCGUAUACUCGAUCCUCUUCCUCUUCCACAGCCUCAUCCCCCUCUGAGUCCGCCCAGGGCUUGGGCUCAUCCGUGAGUGCUACUUCAGGACAGAAGGCCGAGGCCUCCCAGGAGCCCCCGCGCAAGGCCGGCCCCCUGACCAAUCUCAUCUACGGCACCAAGGAGGGCCGCGAGCUCGAUGCCCAGCUCGAGGCGAGCUUCAGUCAGGUCCUCGCCCGGGGCAAGUACGUCCACUCCAUCGUUCAUCACGAGGUCAAGCCCGACAAGGUCGAGGAGUACACCAAGCUCGUCGGUAGCUGGUACCCUCGCAUGGCCUCCAUGCCCGAGAAUAAGGUCAAUCUGGUUGGAAGUUGGAGAACCGAAGUUGGAGACUGCGACACUUUUGUCCACAUCUGGGAGUACCAGCGCUACCAGGGUUACCACGAGUCCAUCCACAACAUUGGCUCGCACCCCGAGUUCGCCGAGUUCGACAGGAAGCUUAAGAGCCUCAUCACGUCCAAGAAGACGUCCCUGAUGCAGGAGUUCUCCUUCUGGCCCACCACGCCGCCCCGCCAGCUCGGUGGCGUCUUCGAGCUGCGAUCCUACACUCUACACCCGGGCAACCUCCUCGAGUGGGAGACCCACUGGCGACGCGGCCUCAAGGCGAGGCGCGAGGUCAUGGAGGGCGUCGGCGCGUGGUUCGUGCAGAUAGGAGACCUCAACACUGUCCACCACCUGUGGCAGUUCGCCAACCUCGAGGAGCGCAAGAUCCGCCGCGAGAAGAGCUGGAGCGUCGAGGGCUGGAGCGAGACGGUGCACAAGACGGUGCCGCUGAUCCAGACGAUGAAGUCGAGAAUCCUGAUCCCCAUGCCCUGGUCCCCCGUGGCGUGA